AUGAAUUAAGAGAAAGAAUGGAAUCUGGAUAGUUGGAAGAAAUAUCCAGCAUUAUAAUAGCCAUUAUAUUAGGAUCAGCAUUUCUAGUAAUCAGAUCUAAUAUAAUAGUUAGGAGACUCUAUAAAAAUUAAGAAAACUUCCAGGAAUCUUAAAUUUUGAAGAGAUAAAUAAAUUCAAGAAUGAAAUGAUAAAGGUAAGCAAAGGAGAUAAAUUUGUCUUGCAAUUAGGAGAUUGCGCAGAAGUAUAUAAUGAAUGCACAGAAGAACAUUGGAAGGAGAAAUUUAGUUUUUAUGAUGUAAAACAUAUAUGUAUAUGUAGAGUAUGGGUUAAAUUCUGAAUGCGAUAGUAAUUGGAAGAACUUGUGGAUAAUUUGCGAAACCCAGGACCUAAUUACAUGAAAAGGAUGGAACAUUAAAUUAUAGAGGAGAUUUAAUAAAUUCAUUAAGUAGAGAUGAAAGAGAUCCUGAUCCUUUGAGAUUACUUUUGGGUGCACAUUACUCAAAAAAGGGGAUAGAUACACUUCGUAAAUAUGAGGGUAAAUAAUUAUGGGUUUCGCAUGAAUGUUUGCAUAUAGGAUAUGAGUCUGCAUUUGCAAGAUAACAUGAGGAAAACCAUUAUUAUCUAUCAAAUACUCAUUUCCCUUGGAUUGGUGAUAGAACUAGAUUGUGUGAGCAUGCACAUUCUAAUUUUGCAAAGGGAAUUUACAAUCCUAUAGGGAUCAAGGUAUUCUAUUUAUUAACAGUAGAUCGGAUCAAGUAUAAAUAAAAAUGAGUUUGUUAAUCUAAUUAAAUUGUUGAAUCCAAAGAAUGAAGAUGGAAGAGUCUUUGCCAUUAUAAGAUUAGGAAAGAAUAAAUUAGAUAAAUUAAAAGAUAUUAUUAAUUGGAAACAAGAAGAAAAAUUAAAUGUCUCCUUCUUCCUAGACCCGAUGCAUGGUAAUAGUUUAGAAAAGAAUGGCUAUAAAAUCAGAAGAAUUGAAGACAUCAUGUUUGAAAUUCAAUAGUUUUUUAAUAUACUUGAAUAAAGUAAUGAAAAACCAGCAGGAUUACAUUUGGAAUGCACUCCGUAUGAUGUAAGUGAAUGCGUUGAAAAUGAUGAGGAUAUAGACCCCAAAAAGUAUACUACUGCUUGUGAUGCCAGAUUGAAUUUUAGACAAACAAGAAAAAUAGUCAUUUUUGUUAAUUCUCUUUUAAAAAAGCUUAAGAAAAAGUAAUAAUGA